UUCAAACAACAACAAAAUUACAUGGAAGCCGGCAAACUUUAUAAGAAAACACUUAAUUACCUUCGUUUUGAAACGUUUUACUUAACAAUAUAAUGGAAAUAACAUUGGCCGUGAUCAAGCCGCACGUGCUGCGCAACACAUACGCCCUGCAGCAGAUUAAAGCCCUGAUUGAAGAGAACUUUCGCGUGCUCGACCAUAAGGAGGUGCACAUUACGAAAGAACUAUCGGAUCGUUUCUAUGCGGAGCACCGGGGCAAGUUUUUCUACCACCGCCUGACCACCUUCAUGAACAGCGGACCCUGCUAUGCGCUCAUACUGCAGUCGGAGGCCUCCAUACAGAAGUGGCGCCGCCUGAUGGGACCGACCAAGGUGUUUCGUGCCGUCUACACCGAACCGCAGUGCAUACGUGCGCUCUACGGCCUGUCCGACACACGCAACGCCUGCCACGGUUCGGAUAGCGAGGCCUCGGCCCUGCGUGAGAUUGGCAUUCUGUUUCCGGAGUUCGAUGUGCUUGCCGUGGCUGACCGCGAGUCCAAAAAGAGGACGUAAUAGGGUCGCUAUUCUAGUCAAUUAUUAGCCAAACGUUUGGCCCAGCAUUUUUGUAAUUAUAAGACAGAAUCAGUGAAUAUUUGGAAAGCCCUUGGGUGCUGCUUUUGUAGGUGCAUUUUGAGUCGGCAGUUCUCGGUGGUCCCACUGUAUUUGGUACAAAAGCUGCCGUAGAGUGGAGCUCCUCAUGUCUGUGACUGCCUCUACUGAGUAGAGAGCCGGACAGGAAGCUGAUGCGUCGCAGGACUGCUGAUAUUCUAAUCUCACUCAACGAGUACACGUUCAAGUGGAAGACAAUACUGUGCGGUCUACUCAAAACACCAUUACUCCUAGAUGGCAUUGUAUUUUGUGUGUUUCAAAAACUUUAUUUUUCAUCAAUUUCUGGUUUACAUAAUACAAUUCAUUACUCAUUUAUGUUUUACGUGGUAGGUACAUGUAUAGAUAGAGAUUUUCGAUUUGUUUCUGGUUACCGUUUUAGCUCCAUUGUAAAUAGUUUUGUAAUUGUAAUAAAAAUUAUAAAAUUUAUAAACUUAACAAAUUAUACAAAUAUCUACUCGUAUUUGUGUGUUGUGUAGCUGUAGUGUAGCCCUAUAUAAAGAUAUAGAUAUACAUAUGUAUAUAUGUUUUUUUUUUGUAUUGUAUAUCGGUUCAGACAAUUGAUAGAAAAGAGAAGCAUCGCCAAAGAAAUGGGAAAACAGAAACAGAGAAAAAUCAAAAACCAAAAUUGUAAAUUCCUUUUGUGGGUGCGAGCGAGACCGCGCACCCCCUUCCAUCUGUCUGUCUGUCUUUUUCUAACUCGUGCAAGUGGGCACAAAACAAAAAAAAAACACCGAAACGCAUAUAAAAUAUUAAAUUAUAAAAUAGGGAGAUUUUUUUUUUCGCUGAAGGCAACAAUUUCACAAAGCUCUACAGAUCUAAAAAAAAAAAAAAAAAGGAAAACUAAAUUGAGGGAUAGAUUCAUUAACAAUUAUCCAUAUUCCAUAUUAAUAUUGUUAAUUUUUUGCUUUGUUUUUGUUUUUUUGCUAUUUUUUUGGUUUUGCAUUUUUUUCUCAUUGUUUGCGAUCCCUACUUUUUGUAUCAAUUAGAAAUCUUUAAUGCCUAUUUUGCAGUCCUACAAUUUUCACAAUUCGCACAAGCGUCUCGUCUCGUCUCCUUUUUCCAGUAUGAAACGUUCUUUAAAUCGUUUUUUGUUUGUAUUUUUUAUGUUUUUAAUAUUUUUUUUGUU